CUUAAAUUGGUGAAAAAAAAACAUUUGAAUGUAUUAAUUGAAUGCAUUUGCAAAUGUAAUUUUCCGUAGCAGCUAUGUACAAAAUUGAGAAUUUAUAAUUUAAAAUUAUAUAACAAACAAAUAAAUGAAUAAAUAAAUGGAACUUCUCCACAGGAGGGCGCUGUUAAUCUAAACCAUUUCUUCAUUACAAGUCUAUUUUUAUCUAAACUCUGUCAGUAUCGUGUUGCCCCAGUGGCUCGUGUAUUGCUUCCCCUCUUUAAACUCCUCCUGUCCGAGGCUGUUGUUUGUUGUUGCAAGCUUGUUUUGACCUCCGUUUUCUUAUCAUUCGUUUGCUUGAGGUUAAAAUGUCAAACGUGUCCUAUUAUAUCUCCAACCUGUUGGAGAAAAUGACGUCCACAGACAAAGACUUUAGGUUCAUGGCCACCAAUGACCUGAUGCUGGAGCUGCAGAAGGACAGCAUCAAACUGGACGAGGACAGCGAGAGGAAAGUGGUGAACAUGCUCCUCAGGCUGCUGGAAGACAAGAAUGGAGAGGUGCAGAACUUGGCAGUGAAAUGCUUGGCUCCUCUGGUGAGCAAAGUGAAGGAAGUUCAAGUGGAGACAAUGGUGGACGUUCUGUGCUCAAACAUGGUGUCAAACAAAGAGCAGCUAAGGGACAUUUCCAGUAUGGGACUGAAGAUGCUGAUCGCUGAACUGCCUCCUUCCUCCUCAAGUGCGACUCUGACCUCCUGCGUCUGUAAGAAAAUCACUUGUCAGCUGAUCGGUGCCAUGGACAAACAGGAAGACGUGUCCACGCAGUUGGAGGCUCUGGACAUCCUGUCGGACAUGUUGGCAAGACAGGGUGGCGCUCUUGUCAGCUUCCACAGCACCCUUCUCUCCAAUCUCCUGUCUCAGCUGACCAGCUCCAGGAUGGCAGUCAGGAAGCGCUCCAUCUUGGCUCUGGGGCACCUGGUGCCCUGUUGUAGCCACGCCCUCUUCUCCCAGCUCACUCAGCACCUCUUAGAUGAGCUGUCCAAAAGUCUGCCCACAUCUGUCACGAGGACGUACGUCCAGUGUUUGGCAACAGUCAGUCGUCAGGGUGGACACAGAGUAGGUGAACAUCUGGAGAACCUGGUCCCUAUAGUUGUUAAAUUCAUUGACGUGGAAGAUGAUGAGCUGAGGGAUUGUUGUUUCCAGGCAUUUGAGGCAUUCGUACGCAGGUGUCCAAAAGAAAUGUCCCCCCACAUUUCGACAGUAACUGAACUCUGUCUCCGGUUCAUGACGUUUGAUCCAAACUACAACGAUGAGGAUGAGGAGGAUAAUUCGGAUGAGGAAGGAGAGGACGGACUUCAGGAAGAUUCAGAAGAGUACAGCGAUGACGACGACAUGAGCUGGAAAGUACGUCGAUCCUCAAUCAAGUGUCUGGAGGCUCUAGUGGAGACUCGUCCGGACCUUCUGCUCAGCUUCUACUCCUGCGUCUUCCCAGUCUUACUGGCCCGCUUUAAAGAGCGCGAGGAGAGCGUGAGGGCUGACAUCUUCUCUGUCUUCUCGACGCUGCUGAGACAAACGCGUUACCACAGUCGUGGCGCAACGACAACUGAGCCGACGGCAAGAGUCUGCGAAGAGGGGACGGAAAUGGAGGAACCGGUGUUGGCUGAGCUAAAGAAACAGGUCCCUCUCAUUGUAAAGGUUCUCCACAGACAGCUAAAGGAUAAGAACGCUAGAUUUCGUCAGGGUUGUUUCUGUCUUCUCACAGAACUCACUCACACCGUUCCUGGAGCUCUGGAACCACACAUUCCUGUUCUGGUACCAGGUAUCAUCUUCUCCCUGACCGACAGAUGCACCUCCUCCACCAUUAGGAUGGAUGCUCUCUCCUUCCUCCAUAUGCUGCUCCUUUCUGUCCCUCCUCAUGCCUUUCAGCCUCACUUGCAGGAGAUGCUGACCCCAGUGGUUACCUGUGUAGAAGACACCUUUUACAAGAUCUCCUCAGAAGCGUUGCUGGUCCUUCAGCAGUUGAUCAGAGUCAUUAGGCCUCAGCCUGGAGCUGAUGCUGUGGGUUGUGACCCAAAGCAGUUUGUCAGAAAGGUGUUUCCUGUGACUAUGAAGCUUCUCAGAGCCACUGACAUCGACCAGGAAGUGAAAGAGCGGGUCAUUGUCUGUAUGGGUCACAUGGUGUGUCAUCUCAGCGACCACCUGGAGGCAGACACGCAGGAAGUUCUUGCAGUUUUUUUGGAAAGAUUAAAAAAUGAGAUCACGAGAUUGACUACAGUGCGGACCCUCAGCCUAGUUGCUGCUUCGACAUUAAAGGUGGACCUGUCCCCCAUCCUGCCUGAAGUCCUCUCUGUGCUGGGAUCUUUCCUGAGGAAGAACCAGCGAGCGCUGAAGCUGAGCUCUAUGGCCUGCCUCUCUGAAGUCAUCACUCAUCAUGGCGCGGGAAUCAAACCUGCGUCUCUUGAGCCUGUGAUGACAGAACUUCCUGCUCUUUUGGACGAGGCUGACAUGCACGUGUCCCAGGUGACCAUCACGUUACUCACCUGCUUGGCCACAGCGUUUCCCUCCUCUAUGGCUAAGAUCAGCUCGUCCCUCUUACCUGGUGUCUUCAGGCUGAUCCAUUCUCCUCUUCUGCAGAGUGGUGCUCUAACAGCCAUACUGGACUUCAUCAAAGCAGUGGUGCUGUCCAGGACCAGCAAUCUGGGAUACAGUCAGCUGCUGAAGUCCCUUACCGAGCCCUUCAACAGAUCACCAUCCUCAGCAGACCCGCUUCUUCUCCACAGACAGUCCUAUUACUCUGUGGCUCGAUGUGUAGCUGCUCUGUCCUCUGUUUGUCCAACAGAGACACCGUCCUCCAUCUCCCGUCUCAUUCAGCAGGUCAAAAAUCGUGGUACUCCCGAAUCAGCCUGCAUUCUGGCACUACUGAGUCUGGGGGAGAUUGGGAGGGGAGGCAGUCUGGGAGGGAACACGGCGGUGCAGGGAGUCAUUCUCGAGGCCUUCAGCUCCACCAGUGAGGAGGUGAGGACAGCUGCAUCCUACGCGUUGGGCAGCAUGGCUGUUGGCAGCCUGAGCGAUUUCCUACCCUUCAUGGUGAAGGAGAUCUCUAUGCAGCCCAGGAGACAGUAUCUGCUGCUGAACUCCCUCAAAGAUGUCAUCAGUGCCUGUCCGAGCUCAAGUCUCUUGCCGCAUGUAGACUCAAUCUGGACAUUGUUGGUCCAGAACUGUGAGAGUCAGGAGGAAGGAAACAGGAACAUUGUGGCUGAGUGUCUAGGAAAACUGACUCUGAUCAGUCCAGUCCAGCUCUUACCAAGACUCAAACACCAACUCAAGACUGGUGCUGCUCGGACCCGUAGCACCGUGGUCACUGCUGUCAAGUUCACUAUUGUUGACCAACCUGCUCCCAUUGACUCACUGCUGAAAGAGUGUAUAGGUGAUUUCCUGAAAACCCUACAGGAUGAAGACCUGAAUGUUCGUCGUGUGGCCCUAGUGAUGUUCAACUCUGCAGCGCACAACAAGCCCUCUUUGAUCCGCGGCCUGUUGGGGGCGCUGCUGCCUCAUUUGUACCAGGAGACUAAGAUCAGAAAGGACCUAAUUCGAGAGGUGGAGAUGGGUCCUUUCAAACACACGGUGGACGAUGGUCUCGAUCUGAGGAAGGCGGCAUUUGAGUGCAUGUACACGCUGCUGGAGAGCUGCCUGGGUAGCUUGGACAUCCUGGACUUCCUGGAUCAUGUGGAGGAAGGACUCAAAGAUCACUACGACAUCAGAAUGCUGACCUUCCUGAUGUUGGCCAGACUGGUAUCUCUGUGUCCCACUGGUGUUCUUCAGAGACUGGACCGACUGGUGGAACCACUGAGAGCUACAUGUAUCAGCAAGGUGAAGGCGGGGUCGGUGAAGCAGGAGUUUGAGAAGCAGGAGGAGCUUCGUCGUUCAGCCAUGCGUGCUGUUGCCGCCCUGCUGGCUGUUCCUGAGCUGGAGCGUACAGCAUGGACAUGA